ACGUAUUAGUCCUGAGCCUGCAGCUGAUGGAAAAUACUAGAAAGGUGCAUGUUGUACCAUGGUUGGACCAAAGCGGACUAACCCAAUCCGCAUAGAACGAGUCAGACCAACGCCGCGACCCGUAACUUGAAAGUGUGUAUUUGUAUCGUUUUGGCGGGCUUUUGCGAAGAUAACGGACAGCUGGCAGUGUGACAUAUGGUAUAAGCCUCGUCGGGCUUGCGGUUGGUAUCACAGUACAGACUCAAGUUUCGUAUCCUGGUUUCGAAAGAGCCUGAUAACAUCUGAAAGAAUCCAGAAGACGGUUUCUGAGCUGUCAUAUUCUGGAAAGGCUGGAUUCGAAGCAGCAACACACCACCAUGGCCUCUACCGACUCGUCCAUGCGUUUCCAGGUCCUGAGCUUCGAGCAGGUGAGUCGCUUGGAUCACGUCCUUCGGGAAACCAUGAGCGUUCACGGUAGGGGUAACUUUCCAACUCUGGACAUAAACUUGCUGGAUUUAAUCGAUGUGGUGCGGGAGAAACUCGAAGAGGAGGGGGUACAUGUCAGGGGGAUCCGGCUGAACGGUGGGGCAGCCAGUCACAUCCUCUGCGCUUCGGAACACCAGUCUUACAAUGACGUCGAUUUGAUCUUCGGCGUCGACCUAUCACGGACUGAGAACACCCGCAUCAUCAAGGAGGCUGUCUUCACCUCCUUGCUGAACUUCCUGCCGGAGGGAGUCAGUAAGAUCAAGAUGAGCUCCUGCACAAUGCAGGAUGCCUACGUCCAGAAGAUGGUCAAAAUUUACAACGAGAACGACCGAUGGAGCCUCAUUUCUCUCUCCAACAAUACAGGGAGAAACGUGGAACUUAAGUUUGUCGACCGGAUGAGGCGUCAGUUUGAAUUCAGCGUGGAUUCUUUCCAGAUCAUUCUCGACUCCUUGCUCUUCUUCUACAAGCUGUCUGAAAUCCCUAUGAACUGCAAUUUCUACCCGACCGUCAUCGGUGAGAGCGUGUUUGGAAACUUCGACGAGGCGCUUUACCAUCUCAACAACAAGUUGAUCGCGACACGGAACCCUGAGGAGAUCCGUGGAGGCGGACUCCUGAAGUACUGCAACCUCCUUGUCCGGAAAUACCUCCCCGCCAGCCACGAGGAGAUCAAGAUCCUGGAGAGGUACAUGUGUUCGCGGUUUUUCAUUGAUUUCAGCGAGCUGCCGCAGCAGAGGCAGAAGCUGGAAAGCUACCUGAACGACCACUUUGUCGGCGACGACGUCUGUAAAUACGAGUAUCUUAUGAUCCUGCACGGAGUGGUGGACUCCAGCACCGUCUGCCUCAUGGGGCAUGAGAGGAGGCAGACGCUGACCCUCAUCGCCGACCUGGCACAGGAGGUUCAGCGCUCGCUGGCAUUCCAGCAGCAGCGUCAGCAGCACAGGCAGCCGCAGGUGCUCAGCAGCUUGCACCAGCAUCACUUCCACCAGUACCACAACAGCAACAACCACCACCACCACCAUCAUGGCCUGCAGCCUGUUGGCGUGACAACUCGCAACCACCGACAGACUCCGUUCAUUCCAUACAGCCACAGUCAGGGUGGAUACUAUCCUUCAAACACCUACUAUGGUCACAAGGCAACCCAUCACAGCAGCUACUCUAACUUGAACACUAACCUGAUGCAUGCGUACUAAGCAAAAAACCAAGAUGGACAUAGCAGGUGAAAAAAAAAAUGAAACCCCAGUCUUAAUGGGAACUUGUACUUGCCAAUGCCUUCAUGGAUGUGAUUGACAUAACCAAUUUGACUUCUUCCAAGAACCUACAGAUGUGUACAUUUUAAAAUUAUUAAAAAACAAGUGCCGACUUGAAAAAAGUUUUGAAAAAAAAAUUCUAAAAACUUGACUUAAUGUCAUAGUGCACCUUCAAGUUUCGGUGUUACAUUAUGCAUUCCAGUUUAUUGGCUCUUUUUUGUAUAUAGAAAUAUGAUCUCAGCUUGUCUGGUUGGAUGGUAUUGACUCAGAAAGCAAAGGUAAUGCAUUGGAGCAUAGUUGGGUUGGAGUUGUACUUCUGAAAGGUGCUGAAAGUGUGUGACUUGGGGGAGAUGAAAGGAACCAUCUAUUUGACUUGAAUUUAAGGAUCUUCAAAACUGUUGAAACUGACUUCACUCAAGUGCUGACUGCAAUGACAACAGUUCUUCCUUGCUCAAAAACGGGAAAAAUCACUAUUGUACAAAUUGUAUAUUUUCAUUGGAAAAAAGUUUUAAAAGUUAACCAAUGUAUUGAUAUCUUGUUUUUUUUUUAUUUGUUAUGAAUUUUUGUCGUCCUGUAACAGCUUUGAGGGGAUUGCACCAUCUCUGGCUGUGUAGCUGUCCUGAAGCUGUUUACAAGUCCCAUGUCCAAAGGUCAAAGGGCGCUAUUCAGACAGCUUGUUUGAGAACACGUAGUCCCGUCUUUCAGACUGGUCAAACAUCUUUUCAGGGAUAUACGGUUUUUGUGGGUUUUUUUUAAAACAAAGUGUACUGAAAAUUCCAGGCCAGUUUGUUCGUAGAGCUUGCCAGCGAGGGCAUGUGAUGGAGCUUAAUCUUCAAAGGUAAAUUUUUCUGGGGUUCAAAUGUUGGGACUUGUUUUUCUUGUUUGCCACACAGCAGAUUUAAACCUUGUGCCACACUCAGUAGGACUUGUUGGUUAUCAAAUAUUUGAACUUGCUGGUUUCUUGACUGAUUUUGAUCAACUUCGGAAAUGCCCCUCUUGUCUGUCUCCACUGAUCGAAAUCUUGUAUUCAUAUCAGCCCUGCUUAUUCUUUGUUUCGCCGUUGAAAAUUUGGCCCCCCCACACUUUUUUUUUUAAAAAUGCAGUGAGGAUGUGAAUUGUUGCCGUUAUAACUGAUGUGUCGCCAGUGCAGGGUUCUUGUUGUAUAAACCAAAUUAACUGUUGUUUGAAUAUCUAAUAUGGAUUUCAAAAUAUUCCAGCAAGGUCUGGUAACAAAUAGCUGUUCUGUGCAUAAAAUUGCAGACAAUUGUUCCUGAAUCAGGUACUUUCAAAUGUUUGAUCAGAACUUGUUGGUUUUGAAAGACAUGACUGUACUUUUUUUAAGUGUGUUCAUCCUGAUGAAAUCAAAGAGAUAAUUGUCUAUUAUCAGACUGCAGCUUUCCUCACUUCGGUUAAAUAUGCAUUGAAAGUAACUUGUAACAACAACGGUUUAGUAUACAGUUAGGCAAAAGCCUAAAGGUGUAAAUGUAAACCAGAUUUUAUUGUAUGAUGUAUAAUUUUUUUCCUUUACAUUUUGGAGGUCAAGUUUUUGUGUUUCCUGUAUUCAGCCACCACAAAGAACCAAUUAGAGGAGUGGUUUUUGUAGCAUUGUGGUUGACUGGUCCAGGGCAGCUGAGACUGUAUAGGCCUUGUUCAAUUACUGGUCACUCUCAGCACAUGUACAUGUACAUUGUACACGUAUGUACAUGUACAAUGCGGUUGACUGUGUAGCCUCAGUCAGUCAAUUGACUCUUUGUAAGGAUCAGCUUAUUGAAAGGUUGGCCCUCACAAUUUUAUUGAUUUGAAGAAUUGCCGAGUCUUUGCCAGUCAGUUGCCUAGUUGCCAGCUUGCCUGCAGCCUGAAACGCAACCAGCAGUCACUUUUUGCCUUGUACUAUCCGGUAUUUUCAUAGCCGCAAUCAAGUUGUGUGCUACAUACACUGUCUAACUGCAACUAUUUGAGGAAGCUUGCAUUCUGUCAUGUGUCCUCGGUUGUGCAAUACUGUAGGCUGGCUGCGUUCCUUUCUGUAAGGUAGCCAGACAGAUGCGCUUGGUUGAAACAAAUUGAUCGGCCUUAAAAAAAAAAAGAAUUCAGUGACAGUAACCUGAAAGCCUGGAUUAUGAAAAUAAGGUUUAUUGUGCGUGCACACCUGUAUAAUUUGGAGCCGGAAAGAACUGUAAAAUGGAUUUCAUGGCAGACUGCAUCAGCCCGCUGGUUUAAAUGAAACUACAACGCGCUGACUGGCAUAGCUCAGGCGUGACAUAAAUAUCUGUCGGACGGGAAAUAAUCUGACACUUGGCUGUCUUAAUUACACCUAGGGAAGAUUUGUACAGUCUCUGUUCAAUGUUCCAUUGCAAAUCGAGUCAAAAGGAGAAGACAAGCGGGAAAUAUGACAAAGUGGCCCUGUGGCUGUCCCACCGAGAUUAUUCUGGAUAAAGUUGUUUUGUUUUCUGUGGAGAAAUUUCGCUUUCAGUUGCAUCAGUUGCUGAGCAUUUUGUGCCCAGUUGUACAAGAAAUUUCUGAAGUUGCCUGAAGUUUCAUUUUUGUCACAACCCCGAUAUUCCCAACUACUGCUGAGCAUCAGAAACCUUUUCAUCGUGUUUCAUUUAAAAUGUUCCCAAAUUAUUUCCAGGACAGACCAAAGUGGGAACUGUACUCAAGAAAAUACUCACUUGAACUAGGCAUAAAGUGGUGUUUAUAUGUUUGACAUGGUCGUACAUACAUGUAUGUAUACACAGACUUCACUCGGCUUGAUGUUGAAAGUUAAGGUUUUCAGGAUUUUUUUUGUCUGUGUAUAAGUUACCCGUUUCCCGUAAGCAUGAGUGGAAGUGAAUACGCUGUAUCUGCAUUCCAUAUGUCCCUGUUCCAAAGGCCAAGUGCCUUACCGGAUACGGACACCCUACAUUUUUCAUGCUUUGCAAGCAUGAGCUUGGAAAACGAAUUUAUCUCUGAGCAGACUUGAUUAACUGCGCUUGUGCUUUUUGGACCGGUGGUUCCAAAAGCGUGCGAGGGUAAAAAGGACAGGGCAAGGCAAGCAGUGGAACAUAACCUCCCAUAUGACGCUCCCAGGUACAAAUGCACUGCUGUCUCAUGUGAAAAAGAUCAAGGAGGUCAGAACCUUGUCACUUAUAGAAAGAAUGCCCUAUUUGCAUUUGUUUCUUGCAAAGUGGUAAAUUCUGGAAAGUUCAAUUAAGAAGGUUCCUGGCUCCUCCAAACCACCCCAACAAAAGCUGCAGACUGUGGGAUAGGGUUAAGCAUGCAAUUACAAACAGGUAGUUUUUACUUUUCUGAGAUGUCCCAGUAACUGAACACGUUGCCCAGGACAUGUACUGUGUAUUUCUGAAGGCAGGCAUGGUUUCAUACUCUGGUAGAGCUUUGAAAUUCAACACUUAGUUACCUUUGUUGCUUCUCAUUAGAUUACCAGAUCUUUUUUUUUUCACAACCGCUCAUGUGUGCCCUUUUUUCCUGCAAGGACCGAAAAUGCAGGGCUUGUUCCAAUCAAAAUCACUGAAUAAUUGGGUUGCAUUGUGAUAAGAGUUAGCUGAGAAUACCAGGUAUUUGAUGUGAAAUGGAACUCAGUUUCAGAAAGCAGCACUUACAACUUGUUCUUAAAGGAUUUUUUUUCUUCUAAUGUGUCAAUAUGUGCGUGUUCAUAACUGUGUUGAUAAUUUUGUGGGAUAAUCAAUGAUUGCAUAGGGUCUUUUUUGGUGGUUGUUUUUGCUUCCAUUUUGUGUGCUUGGUAGCCAUGACACAAGGCUUUGCAGGAGUGCUACUACUUUGCAAACAUUCUAAUCAGCUGUCAAUGUUAUAUAACACCACAGCACUGUGGAAAACUCUGGCUGUGGCCCGAAUCAGUGGUAGGGGUUCAGGAGCUGUCCCUGUUUUGUUCCUGACAAGAUUUAUUGCAUACAAGUGUGGUUUUUUUUGGGGGGGGGUGCUGUGCAGGAUUUGGUAUCAGAGGGCAUGUGCAUAUCACAUGCCCGCCCCCCCUCUUGUAAUUGCAGUCUCCUAGGUCAGGCUGCAGGGUCAGAGGUUGGAAGGUCGACCUCCUGCAUGAAGGAGUAUUUCCUGACUAUUCUCUAUAGAUUUCCAGGUUUUGGUUCCAUCCUUGGUAAUGUAUGGAAAUGAACAAUGCUGUGAAAUGGUCGGCAUUGUAGUUUGAUUUUGUUUUAUUCUUUGCUGUGGGCUUUUUGUAACAAAAGUGUAGUUUCAGUCUGCAUUCCAAGAGUACUUUUGUUAAUCAAAGGAUAUAUUUCAGCAUUUGUCUCCUGCUGUGGGGAAACUGAACGUUCAAAAAAUUUGUGGCUUACAUUACUUAAUUGGAACAAGCUCACUCAGCCAGAAAAUGCUAGCCAAAUGAUCUGGUGACUUCAGCAUAUUCGAAACUUCUCAGAUUCUUUCUGUUUCAAAUAUCGAGUUUUUUUCACCAACUUGUGUUAGAGUGUUACUGUUUUCAAAAGAAUAGCUGGUAAACUGUAUAGUUUAGCUUUGACAACUCAUGGAAGUAAUCCGCUAGCACUGAUCUGGACAGUGGGGUUGGAAUGUACAUGUAUGUAUGGUAACUCUUAAAAAAAGGUAGGGGGAUACUGCUGUUUGCUGAUAGGAAUUGCUGUAAACACCUCUGCAGGUGAUUUGGAAGAUAACCCGGGUACAGUUACAAAAAUACUAAGGGCAAAGGCUGCCUCGUUAGCAGUGAUCUGUGUCAAUAUGUUGUUUUCACAUAUCAGAAAGUAUACAAAAAAAGUGACGAGAGUCACAGGCUUGUCCAGUAUUUUACCAUCACAAAAGCAUCUGUGUUUGUAUCUGAACGGCAUUAAGCACUGAAGGAAUAAUUCUGUUGUAAUGUCAUCCUUGGCCAUGCUAUUACCAUUUUGUGCCUCUCUAAUCAGAUUUCUUGCAUUAAUUGUUUAUUUUGCUUGGUGUCCCUUGUGGAUUUUAGUCAUUUUGAUCUUUCCGUUUAACUCUCUAUAUACCAAGUGGACAGGAAUAAGCAAUAUACUGAAGAAAGAGUGCAUUGGCUUUCAUUGGACUCUCGUGUAAAAACGUAAAGUUGUACAGUUAAUAUGGUGAACAAUUCCAUCAGUAAAGGUUUCACAUAGCAGCAUGGAUAUAUACCCCAGCUUUUUUUUUUUUUCAAAGAAAAAGUGACCAAGAUGUUUAUGCGAGUUUUUUUUUAGCUAUUGAAACAGACAGUCUGAUGGUUUGGUAAUAGGAGUGAAACUGCAGGGAAAUGCUAGGCGCAUUGGCGAAAACAAUAUCAAAAUUAUGCACAUCAACUCUAUUGUACCAGUGUGUAUUUUCUGUUACAGUUCUGUAUUUAAAAGAAACUUAACGAAACAAAAUGUGAUGUGAGUAAAGUGUAACUACUCUAAGAUGGGCCUUAUUUCUGGAAUUUUUGUUUAACCCUCUUUGGGAAGAAUACUUGGCAUGAAAGCUAACGUAUAAUCUAUGUAAUAAAAGUUAAGACUUGAGUGGCCCAUCGUAAAGGUUAUUCGUCAGAAGGCCACAUACAAAUGUAAUUAUGUUUUUAUUUUCAGGUGAAUUGCUUUUAUUUUAUCCAUGCCUUGCUUUAUGCUAUACUUUGUAAAGACAAUUCAAUCUAAUGCAAAAGAGGGUGAGUUUUGUUGGAAUCAUUUGAAAAGUUUUAUUUUUGACUUGACAAUUUGUCAUCUGUAAGCUAUGAUGUUUUAAUGGAAAUGGUUGAAGUUUUCCUUUUUUGUGCUUAAGGGAGUACAUUACUAUCGGUUUACAAUAUUUUAUUUAAUUAGCUGUGAAGACCGAAAGGUUUGUGUGUAAAACAUUACCACAAAUUACAGAUUUCAACUACUAGCAAAAAUCUCCCCCCCCCCUUGGGUUAACCUUGGGUUUUGUAGCCAUGCUUAGACAAAAAGGACACAUACACUAAGUUUGUCCUAUUAUGAUUCGGUGCGUUAACAUUACUGUUGUUUGUUUGUUCUGGAGUAAUCCAGAAUGUGGUGUGAUAUGACCCAUCUUUCACAUGAUGAAUCUUGCAGAAAGACUCUUAAAAAUUAAGUUUAUCAACAGAAAAGUAUAUAUUGUAAUAAAUCAUAUAUAUUGUAAUAAAAAAAGAGAAAAACUUCA